UUGGUUUCCAGGAAAUGACAUCAGGCGACCGCGGAGAUGGAGGACGUGCUGGACCUAGGCGAGGAGCGGCGCCGCGGCUCGGCCACCUCCGGACCCAAGAUGGGUCGCCGAGCUCAACAGGAGUCAGCUCAAGUCGAGAAUCAUCUCAGUAGCAAGAACUCCUCUUCAAUUCUGACUGGAGAGGCUCCCCCUCCCAAACCGCCCCGCAGGCAUGGAGGCUGGGCAGAUGAUUCCAUGAAGGCUUCAAAGUCAGGAAGGAGGGCUUCUGAAGAAAUAGAAGAUCACCGCCUCAGACAGCAGAGCUUGGAUGGAUCAGAUGAUGGAGGAGACAUUCCUGUUAUUCCGGAUCUGGAAGAAGUACAGGAAGAAGACUUUGCUUUGCAGGUGGCCGCCCCUCCCAGCAUCCAGGUAAACCGGGUGAUGACCUUCCGUGACCUGGACAAUGACCUCAUGAAGUACGCAGCCUUCCAGACCUUGGAUGGAGAGAUCGACCUGAAGCUACUCACCAAAGUCCUUGCACCAGAGCAUGAGGUCCGAGAGGAUGAUGUCAGCUGGGACUGGGACCAUCUGUACACUGAGGUGUCCUCCGAGCUACUCACCGAGUGGGACCUGCUGCAGGAGGAGCCUGUGGGACAGCCCGUGCAUCCCUGAGCCCUGGGGGGUCAACAGCCUGCUCUCCCCGCACAGAGUAAUUUCUGCUUUGGACUUGAAAAAAAUGCCAUAAGCCUAAACCUAAAGAAGCUUGCAAGCAGCUUAGAAUCUUUUAAUGGAAUAUUUUGUAAUAAAAAUACUGUUUUCAGUAGACCACAUUGGAGCAUUCGUUGUAAUAAAUUACUUUAUUCUGUGGC